GUGCAUGCAGCCCAAAAGUUCAAGUUGUCACGAUUUCUUCUCGCAACUCUCUCUCUCUCUCUCUUCAAAUUGUGACAAAUUUCACAUCCCUCAUCUCCAAUUGUCUCUAUUUCUCUCUCUCUCUCUCUCUCUCUCUCUCUCUCUUCAAAUUGUUACAAAUUUCUUGUUCCUCUCAGAUCUCCAAUUUUUCACAAAUUUCAUCUCUCUCUCUCUCUCUCUCUGGUUUGAACCUGCGAUGGUCAUGGCGAAAGGAACUCGUUAUCACAAGGCCUACUCAAACAGGCGGUCCACUCAAACCUUAAUUCUCGCUGCUCUUGUCAUGUUUUCUGUCAUGGUCCUCAUGCUUCUCGCUCUUGGCAUGUUCUCUCUACCUGUUUCUACCACCCCAUCACACGAACCCAUUGAACGAACUACUGUACAUCUUGAGAAGGAUGGAAACGAUAGAGAAGAGCGAAAACAAUGGACUGAAAUAUUGUCUUGGGAGCCUCGAGCGUUUCUUUUUCACAAUUUUUUGUCAAAGGAUGAGUGUGAGUACCUAAUUAGUCUUGCAAAGCCACAUAUGGAGAAGUCAACUGUUGUUGAUAGUACCACUGGUCAGAGUAAGGACAGCAGAGUGCGGACAAGCUCGGGCAUGUUCCUCAAGAGAGGGCAAGAUAAAAUUAUACAGAGCAUAGAGAAACGAAUUGCAGAUUUUACCUUUAUUCCCGUAGAACAUGGUGAGGGGCUUCAAGUUCUCCAUUAUGAAGUUGGACAGAAAUAUGAACCCCAUUUUGACUACUUUCUUGAUGAAUUCAACACCAAAAAUGGUGGUCAAAGAAUAGCUACCGUGCUUAUGUAUCUUACAAAUGUGGAAAAGGGGGGAGAGACUGUGUUUCCUUCAUCCAAGGUAAACAGCAGUUCGGUACCUUGGUGGGAUGAGUUAUCUGACUGUGCGAAAACUGGGGUAUCUGUAAGGCCAAGAAUGGGAGAUGCCUUGUUGUUCUGGAGCAUGAGACCUGAUGCCACACUUGAUCCGUCAAGUUUGCAUGCUGGCUGCCCUGUGAUACAAGGGAAUAAAUGGUCGUCAACAAAAUGGUUGCAUGUUACUGAGUAUAAAGUUUAAUAUAGCUGGAAUCAAGGUUAGGACAUCAGCCUGUGAUGUCUUGCUUCUAUCACAGUUUGACAUCAACUGAUCCACGCACGUCUGGAGUUGAGAGGACUGGCCUAGUGGUUCAGAGAGCUUUGUCAACCUUUAGGCUUCUAGGUCGAUUCUACAGCUUACCCUGUCAACAAUGUUGUUAGAGAUGCAUGGUGACAAGCUUUCCAAUUCAAUUGACAUGCAUGCCUUCAAGUUUGAACGUGAAUUUACCUCGGUAUCAUGUAUCGUAUUAUGAAAAGCAAAUAAAUUAUCAUUUAAAUGUUGCUUUUUUACAAUUCAA